UUGUGAACCCACCCUGUGAAUGGUCGUAGGACCCUGGCCUUUUACGCAGCAUUCGCAGGUUGCCAAAGUUGCCAAAGUGUGCCUUGUUGUGUGGACUAAUACCAGUCUUAUUCUUUCUUCAAUCAACUUAGGCCAAGUGACUCUGGCUGGGCUUUUGAGUGGAUUUGAAGAUCCGGCAGGUUUAUCACCCCUCAGCAGGCGGCGGUUCUGUCACAAUCUUCCCAUGGCUGGCGGACCUUCCGACCUUUUCCAUGGCUGGCCCUGCUGAAGGGCAUAGCCAGCCUGCUACGCCCGCUGGCCUCGAGAGGCGUCGACGCUUCGCCUCUCGCGCCGACGUUUUGUCCAAUCUCAACUCACAGUUCCAGAUUUCAACUACCCAACUCUGCUUCUUCUGCUUCUCGCGAAAGAAAUGCAUGUGAUUCUGAGAAUCAUUGAAUGUCUCAGCAAGGGCAUCGUGAGCUUCAUUUUUCUUUCCUUCCUGGUGCUUUGUGUGUGCUUGCUGCGUGGCCUCCCAGCCCGAGCACCCCAACAUCCCAGUGUGAAGGAGGGCGUUCAGUGGAGCUGGGUGGUCUUCAUGGGAGCGGUCUACACCCUGACCUACUUCACCACCGACCAAUAUGUGCCAAACCUUCCGGAGAUGGGCCUGGAUCUCAACGGAUCGCAAGGACUCAUGAGCUUCACCGUGCAGAUGAAUUUCGUGGUGAAAGCCUUCUCGGGCGUCUUCACGGCAGGCCUGUCCGAUCGCAUCGGACGGAGGCCCACGUUGCUGGUGUGCAUCUUUGUGCUGAGCUUGGCCAGCUUCUGCUGCGGAUCUGCCCAGCGCGUGGAGUGGUUCGUGGCCGCUCGCAUCCUGCAGGGCAUGGGCGAAUCUGCGGAGCCGGUGAUCUUCGCCAUGGCGCGAGACUACUUCACCGACCCGGAGCAACGCUUUAGGAUGGUGGCAGCUUUAAAUGUGAUGUCCAUUGGUGGCAUGUUGGUGGCACCCGUGGUGGGAGGCUUUGUGUCCGAAUUCUCCAGCUGGCGGGUGCCCUUCUGGGCUUUAGCGCUGACCUGGGCUCUUCUGGGGAUUUAUGCGUGUGGUACCAUGGUGGAAAGCUGCCCCGAUCAGCAAAGUGACACCAGUCUGAAGGAUGUGUUGAAGAUUUUCCAGCCAGAGCUUCUUUGGCUCUUGCUGAGUGAGAGUUGCAUGAUGGCGGCCUAUCUGACUUUCAAUGCCAAUGUGAGCUACCUGGUGCAGGUCGUCUUCCGAGACUCGACCAUGACCACUUCGAUGAUUAUGUUGACCUUCGGAGCGCUGAACGGACUUGGCUUAUUGGUGAUGAAGCGAAUUCUCUCUGGGAACCUUCUUGAGGCUGCCAAGACUGCAGUUUGGAUAUAUGCAUCCACUGGCCUCAUCUUCUCAAUUCUUGGGUUAUUCUUCUCUCAGUUCAUGUGGGCAUACUUGCUUGGAUCCUUUCUACAGGCGAGUGUUGGCGUAAUGGCGCUGGUUUCCGUGAAUGUCCUAUUUUUUGAACCCUUGAAAGAUUGCGCGGGCAUGGCCGCUGCAUGCGAAAUUUGUGCCAAGAGCGUCAUUCCAUGUCUCUACUCAAUGAUGGCGACACAGUCUUUGAUCUUUUCAGGUGCAUUUGGCCUGAUCCAAUGUCAGGCUCUUGCCUGUCUGGUGUCUGGGCUGGUCUUCUCUUGCUUCGCACGAUCGCCUCCCCCCUGGGCUUUGGAGGCCUCUGAAAGGCCUGGGUCAGACUAUCUUGCUGUCUCCGAGUAAUGUCCGCCGCGAGUGGUGAAGCCGUUGCGAUGUCCCGACCGGCUUUCUAAGUCCGUUGAAUGAGUCCAUUUUUGGAUCAAAGAACGAGGGCGGUCGGAGAAAAGA